AUGCAACUUCUUCACCAAGUCCACAAUGAGGGCGAGUUCUUCUCGCCCAUCUCCUCGCUGCCAGGCCCAAAAGAAAGCGUGCACAGCAGCAUCCGGCCCAAGUUCUCCCAGGUAGAGAGGGUGUUCCCUGCCACUCAGAUCCAGAGGGCCAUUGCCGCUGAGGGGAUUCAGUGGGCCAAGGCAGAACUCUCACUCUGGAAGAAGAAUCCUGCCGACUUCCUGGCCGUCUUCAAUGCCUGGACAGCGCUGGCGUCGCAUCAUGCCGCCCUACGGUCUCAUCUGAGCACCGACCCUCAGACUGGAGAGCUCCAGGUCACUAUCCUGCGGCGGAUAGGGGGAAUAACGCUGCAGGGCAUGGAGAAGGAUGAGCAAGACGCGAGCUUUGACCGCCUUGCCCACAUGGCCCUGGAGGCCACUGAACAUGCCGACAGCAUCAGGAUGGUCCUGCACUUUCAUAGGGCUCUCCUCGACGCUGCCUCCAUCUCCAUGAUCAAGCUGGACUUCGCCCUCCUGCUGCACGGUAUCCCGUGCGCUGAGCACACGGGAUUCUACCUCUACACUCGCUAUCUCGAGCAGUGGCGCAAGAGCGACGAGGGUUCCAAGUCCUUUUGGUCAAACGUGCUCUCCGGGGCGGUUCCUCGCCUCGCUCUCCAAGCAGCCCCCAAGCACGCCCACGGUGCCGGAUCUCUUGCCGCUGGCGGCGGGGGAGCAAGGCGGAGCAUCAGCGUCGUCAUCAACGGCCCCAAUCUCGCCGACCUCGGGGGCAGCCACCUCGCCGAGUCCCAGGGGCAGCCGCUCAGCAGCCAGACCGUCCUCGAGCUGCUGUGGGGUCUCGUCCUCGGGGCGCAUACGGGGUCCGACGAGGUCGUCUACGGCACCGUCCGCCGCGACAGCACCUUCGUCGGUGCCGACUCCUGCGUGGGGUGUCUGGACCAGACGUACCUCGUCAGGCUGCCCAUCCCCUCCAGGGACCGGAGGCUCACUGUCCGCGACGCUGUCGUCGGUCUGGAGCGCUACCACGAGCAGGCCAGCCACCACGCCUUUGUCGGCCUCGACGAGAUCAGCAGGCACCUGCCGGCCAACACGUCGGUCGAGACGGCGCUGACGUACACGCGCCUGGGGAACCCGCCCUGCCUGGCGCCCGGCAUGUCCCGCUUCCCCGUCGUGCUGGCCAUCAGCGGCGAGUCGUCCGCCGCCCUGCAGGUCACGCUCCGGUACAGGGACUCGUACAUCGCCAGCGCCGACGCCGAGGUCGUCCUGCAGCACUUUGUCGCCGCCGUCCGGAGCGCGGCCGCCAAGGUCGAGCUGGCGAACUGCCUCUGCUCGGCCGUCGACCUCGUCUCCGAGGACGAGAGGGAUCUCCUGCUCGCGCAGUCCCGCUCCCCGCGCACGGCGCAGCCGACGACCAUCCCCUCCCUUUUCGAGAAGGCGGUCAAGCUCCACCCCCAGCGGACGGCCCUUGAGUUCGAGGAGUCCGUCUCCCUCACCUAUGCGGAGCUGGACGGGCGGGCCAACGCGCUGGCGCGGGCGCUCAAGCUCCAAAGGGGGGCCAUCGUUCCGGUUCUCGCCGAGCGCUCCCCGGAGCUGAUCGUGGCCCUCCUGGCCGUGCUCAAGUCCGGCGCCGCCUACACGGUCCUGGACCCGGACGCGCCGGUCCAGCGCAACGCGCAGGUCGUUGCCGAGUGCGACCCGCCCUUCGUCCUGGCCACCCGCAGGCACAGCCGCGUCUUCCCCAACACGACGGCGAUCGAGGACGCGCUGGCCUCCUGCGCGGACCGAAGCCCUCUCGACGGAGUGUCGAUCGGACCGCAGGACCGCUGCUACAUCAUCUACACCUCGGGCAGCACUGGCAAGCCCAAGGGCGCCGUCCUCACGCACGGUGCCGCGACCAGCGGCAUGGCGCACCACUCCCUGGGCGGCCUGCAGAGGUGGCUGCUCUUCUACAACCCCAUCUUCAGCGCCGCCCAGCGCACCAUGCUGGCGACCCUGGUCCACGGCGGGACGCUGGUGCUGGCCAGCAAGGAGCGGCUGACGGGCGACGUGGCGGGGACCAUCAACUCGCUGAGGGCGGACGUCGUCGGCAUCACCCCGUCGGCGCUCUCGCUGCUGCGGCCCGCCGACGUGCCGGGCCUGAAGCAGGUCACGCUGGUGGGCGAGUCGGUGCCCCAGCACCUGGUGGAUGUCUGGGCGGGCGUGGAGGGCCUCACGCUGCGGAACACGUACGGCCUGAGCGAGUGCACGCAGCUCAACUUUGGACGCGCGCUCCUCCGCUCCGCCGACGACGACGACGCCGUCAUCAACCCGCGCGUAGUCGGCGUGCCCGGGGACACCUCGGACGCCUUCGUCCUGCUCCCCGGCACGACGGAGCUGGCGCCGCGCCUCGUGGCGGGAGAGCUCUGCCUCGCGGGCCCGCAGCUCGCCGAGGGCUACCUCAACGAGCCGGCGCUGACGGCGCGCGCCUUCGUCGACAACGCCUUCGGCCCGGGCAGGCUGUACCGCACCGGCGACCUUGCGCGGCGGCUCGCCGACGGGUCCGUCGAGAUCCUCGGCCGCGCGGACCUGCAGGUCAAGAUCAACGGGCAGAAGGUCGAGCCGGCCGAGGUCGACGGCCUGCUGCUCGGGUGCGGGGCCGUGGACGCGUCCGUCACCCUGCCCGUCGAGGUCGAGGAGGGGCGGGGACCCAGCCUCGUGGCUUUUGUCGUCCUGGCUGGCGGGCGCACGCUGCGGCAGGCGGUCGUGGCGGGUCGCGAGUACCUCCGCGAGCGGCUGCCGGGGUACAUGAUCCCGACCAUGUGGGUGCCCGUCGAGGCGAUCCCCAAGACGGCCAGCGGCAAGAUCAACCUCCAGCAGCUGCGCGAGCUGGCGCGCGAUAUGGGCGCGGUGGGCUUUGCGAAGGCCAUGUUCGAGGGCGAGGCAGGAUCCGAUACGGCGCUGGAGGGGCUGGAGCUCGAGAUCUCAAAGGCUUGGGCGGCCGUGCUCGACAUGGAUCCAUCCGUCAUCCGGAAGCACCACUCCCUCCUCGACCUCGGCGGCACCUCGAUCCAGGCCAUCAAGAUCAUUUCCGAACUGCGGCUGAGCGGGCUCGCUCUCGACUUCAGCGAGCUUCUGGCGGGCGCCACACUCGAGUCCAUCGCGUCAGCUGCUCAGGUCAUCGACAAGGGACAAGAUGAGAUCCCCCAACCGUUCUCUCUCGUCCAGGACAACCCCAGGCUCCUCUCCAAGUUGGAAAAGGACGUGGGAAUCUCGGAUGCGUAUCCCGCGACGCCCUUCCAGGCCGCGAUGCUCACCUCACUCAACACGCCGUCGGACCCAUACACGUACUCGAGGACGUGGGACGUCAGCGGCCUGGACACCGACAAGCUGAGAGAGAGCUUCGAGCAGGUCUUCCGGGCCCGCGCCAUCCUCCGCACCGGGUUCGUGCCCCACAAGCGCUCCUUCGUCCAGGUCGUCCGGGACGAUGUGCCGCUGCCGUGGCACGAGUCCCAAGAGACUCUCGAUUCCUUCGUGGCCGACAAGUCGCACGCCAAGUGGGACAUGUCUGAGCCUCUCUUCCGCGUCACCCUCCUCGGCGGCGCCCAGGCGAGCAAGGUCCUGGUCGUGACCAUGCACCACUCCCUCUUCGACUUCUGGUCCCACCGGUUCCUUUACAGGGACGUCGCGGCCGCAUACCAAGGCAAGGCGAUGCCUGUGCGCACGCCCUUUAGCGCCUUUGUGCGCCACGUGGUCCUCGGCCAGCAGCCGGAUGCCGCCGCCGCCAGCCGCGACUUCUGGGCUGGCUAUCUCGCCGGGGCGCCGACGACGACGCUCAACUACGCACCCGUGAACAGCGUCGACCAGGCCGUCAAGCUCAAGGCGACCCUGGACUUUAGCCUCAGCCAGCGGGCGCGCGAGUGCGGCGUCACCCUCGGCGGCGUCGUCUACGGCGCCUGGGCGGUCCUCCUGUCGCACCACGCCGCGGCCAGCGACGUCGUCUACGCCACCACCGUCUCGGGCAGGGAGGCGCCCGUCCUGGGGAUCCGGGACAUGGACGGCCCCACCAUGACCUCGGUGCCGCAGCGCGUCCGGCUCCAGGCGGACGCGACGCUAGGCGAGCUGGUCAGGAGAAUCAUGGGCGAGUUUGGAAAGGUGGUCAAGCACUCGCAGGUGGGGAUGCAGGAGGCGCUCCGGUCCGGCGGGGCGUCGGCCGGGGUGCUCGACACGCUCGUGAACGUCCUUGUCGGGAAUGAGGAGUCGGACGACGACGACACGCGCAGCGUCUUCAAGCAGUACGCGGGGCGGCCCGCCUGGGGCUCCGAGUACACCGUCCUCGAGGUCGAGGAGGCCUCUGCCGCCAACACCACCGAGGUGCGCCUGUCGAGCACCAUGGAGGCUCGCCGGCUGGAGUAUAUCCGCGAGUCCUUCGUCAAGAUCGUCCAUCUCAUCCUGGAGCAACCCGACACGCCCCUCUCGCAAGUCACCGUGCUGGGCGACGCGGAGCACAGCUUCCUGUACAGCGCGCUCUCUCACCGCGAGACUCUCCAGGUUCCCGAGCCCGAGUUCCUGCACGCCGCGUUUGAGCGGUACGCGCGCGACACCCCGGACGCGGUAGCCAUCGACUUCAACGGCGAGCGGCAGAUCUCGUACGCGGAGCUGAACACCCUGGCGAACCGCUUCGCCCACGAGCUGCGGGGGCGCCACGGCGUGCGGACGGGCGACCUGAUCCCCUUGAUGCUCGACAGGUCCGUCGACAUGAUGGUGGUGAUCUUGGGCGUGAUGAAGGCCGGUGCCGCCUACGUCCCGCUUAGCCCGGACAACCCGGCCGAGCGCAACGCCUUUGUGGUGUCGGAUGCCGGUGCGCGGCUGGUCGUCGUGCAUGCGGAGCACGAGGAGUUUGGUCGCCAUCUCGGCGCCGGCGUGGAGACCCUGGUGGUGGCGCCGGGGAUGCCCGACCUGCUUGAUGAUGCGGAGAACAAGCAGCGGCCAGCCAUCGACGACGCAUCUCCCGACAACCUCGCCUACGUCAUCUACACCUCGGGCAGCACCGGGCAGCCCAAGGGCGUCAAGGUGCCGCACCGCUCGGCGGCGGCGGCGGUGCAGAGUAUGGCCGUGGUGGAGGGCCGGUACGAGGGCGCCCCCUGGCGGACGCUGCAGUUCGCCAACUACGUCUUCGAUGCGUCGGUCCAGGACUUCUUCAACACGCUGAGCACGGGCGGCGCGCUCUGCAUGGCCCCGACCGACGUCCUGCUGUCUGAUAUCGCGGGCUGUAUCAACCGCAUGGACGCGAGGCAGUCCAUCAUCACGCCGACGGUGGCCAAGCUGUUCCGGCCCGACGACGUGCCCCGGUUCGAGAGGCUGAUCGUGGGAGGGGAGCCCCUGACGCCGGACGUGGUCGAGACGUGGGGCCGCCGCUGCCGGAUCCUCAACGUGUACGGGCCGACCGAGACGUCCAUGGUCGUCACCACCAUGAAGGACGUCAGGCAGGGCGGCCGCAUCGGCAACAUCGGCGCGCCGUUCCCGACGGUCAUGGCCUUCAUCGUGGACCCCGAGGCCGGCAGGGACUCGCUGCUGCGCCCGUACGGCGCCGUCGGCGAGCUGUGCAUCGCGGGGCCGCAGGUCACGGCCGGCUACGUCAACCGGCCGGACCUGACGGCGGCCGCCUACGUCGACAGCGAGGCCCUGGGCGGCGUGCGCGUCUACCGCACCGGCGACCUCGCACGCUGGCUGCCCGGCGGGGAGAUUGAGUGCCUGGGCCGCAAGGACAACCAGGUCAAGAUCCACGGCCACCGCAUCGAGCUGGGCGAGGUCGAGAACGCGAUCCGCCGGACGGGCCUCGUGCAGGACGUCGUCGCGCUGGCGACCUCGAUCCGCGACAAGCUGCACCUCGUCGCCUUCUGCGUCUUCCGCAACAGUGCCGGUGGCGAUGAUGGCAGCGACGACGCGUCAGGUCCGGACGAGGUCGAAGCCCUCGACCCGACGCUCUUUGCCGGCCGCAUGGCCGAGCUGCGCGAGAACCUCGGCUCGCUGGCCGCGUACAUGGUGCCCAAGUUCGUGGUCCCCAUGGGCGUCUUCCCCAAGCUCCCCUCGCGCAAGGUCGACCGUAAGGCGCUCCGCAAGGUCGCCGACGAGCUCGACCCCGUGUUCCUGACCGGGUGCGCGCUGGACAGAUCCGGCGGCGGCGGCGAGGGCGGUCACGUCGUGGUGCCCACGGAAACCCCCGCCGAGCGGGCGCUGGAGGCCAUGUGGGCCGACAUCUUCAGCCUGCCGGCCGAGCAGAUUGGCCGCGAGGCGAACUUCCUCGCCCUGGGUGGCGACUCCAUCUCGGCCAUCACCCUGGCGAGCUUUGCCAGGGAGGCCGGGUAUUCGCUAUCUGUGCCGAACAUCCUUAAGACGCCCAAGCUGAAGGACUUGGCCACAGCCAUGAAGGAGAUUCGCAAGGACGCUGCCAAGGCCCGCGUGGUCUUUAAGAUGCCAGACAGUGUCAAAGUGACAGCCGAGGCUGUUGGACUGCGCUGGGAGGAAGAUGUCGAAUAUGCUUAUCCCUCACCACCCGGGCAGGCCGAGUUCCUCCAGCAGGGCAGCCGGGACGAGCAGAUGUGGGUGCUCCAGACGGUGCGACACAUGCCGGCCGAGCUCGGCCAGGACGCCUGGGUUCAGGCGACCACCGCGCUCAGCCAAGUCAACGACAUCUUGCGCACCACCUGGAUCCAGGCGGGCGACGCCCUGGACGACUGGGUCGGCGUGGUGCUCCGCAGCCCCCGGCCCGACGUCGCGAGGGCGGCCUGCGAGACCGACGAGGACGUGACGCGCUUCACCGAGGAGUUUUGGGAGUCGCGCUUCACAUUCGGCAAGCCGUUCAUCAAGUACGCGCAGCUGGCGCGCCCGGACGGCUCCUGGGUCCUCGUCAUCAAGAUGGACCACGCCGUGUACGACGGGACGCUGCUGCGGGUCUUUGACGACCACUUCGCCGCCAUAGUCAACGGGGAGCCGGUGCCGCGCCACGGCGAGUUCCGCACUUUCGCGGAGCACAUGCUGCAGGCGGACAAGAAGGGCGACCUGGCCUACUGGGCCCGGAGCAUGGCCGGCAAGCCAGCAGCCAUCAAGGCGGCAGACAGCGGAGACUCGGCGCCCAUCAUCACGGCGGCGCUGCGGCACGAGGUCGCCACGCCGAACCUGGAGCGGGCGGCCAGGCAGCUCGGGGUCACGCCCAGCAUCGUGUUCCAGGCGGCCUUCUCGCUGUGGCUGGGCGGCAGCGCCCACGGCGCCGACGUCAACUUCGACUACCUGCUCAGCGGGCGCAACGUGGCCCUGCCGGACCCGCAGAGCAUCAACGGGACGCUCGCGCAGUUCCUCCCCGUGCGCACGGCCGUGGACCCGGCCGAGCCGCUCCCGGGCUUCCUGGGCCGCGUGCAGGACGACUUCUGGGCCAUGACGGAGCACGCGUCCGUCGGCAUGGAUGCCAUCUACGGCGCCGCGGGCCUGGCGCGCGAGACGCACGGCAACAAGGUCCUGUUCCUCUUCCAGCCGUUCGAGCCCGCCGCCCCUUCGGAGCAGGAGCGCCCGCGCUGGCUGGUCAUGGCCAAGAGCAAGGUGCGCAUGUUCCAGCCGUACGAGCUGGUCGUCGAGGUAUCCAAGGCCCUGGGCGACCGGCACGCGCUCAAGAUCAUGUACGACGAGACGUGCUAUGCUCAGGGGGACGCGGAGAAGAUCGCGCAGGAUAUUGCUGCUAUUGUGGAUGUGAUGGCGGAGGAGGAGUCGGAAAAGUUGUUUGUGGGAGCCUUUUGA